GAUGAGUUAUUCUUCAAAACAGUCAGAAAAUCCCAAUAUUGAACUAAAUCAACCACCUUGUAAGUAUGGAAGAAAUUGUUAUCGGAAAAAUCCUCAGCAUUUUGAAGAAUUCUCUCAUUCAGAUGCUACAGUAUUGGCUGCUGAUCGUACGACGAACGCAAGCAUCUCCAGAGAUUCAGGAGAAGCAUCAACUGAUGAAAGUUUCUAUGGCAUUUAUCUUUUCCGAGUAUCGGGUGUGAAGUACGGACGAAUUCCUACAAUAACCUUAAACGAAAUUCUUAAUUCCUCUAACGAUGAACUUGUAUCUUCAGUUCAAUUUAAUUAUAUGUUUGAUAUACCCUGGCUAAGAGAACAAUAUCCUAAACGCUUCAGAUCACUACCACUCACUAUUGUACAUGGUUUUCAAGGAACUAUGAAAAAAUCAUUGGAUGAAUCUGCUGCAAAUUACAGCAAUAUACAGAUUUGUCAAGUAUGCAGUUUAUAA